CUCGAGCUCAAGCCCGACAAACUCUGAGAGUUCGUUCGAGGGACGUACCUAUGGCGACGACGGGGGUGGUGGUAGAUGCGAUUGAUCGAGGACCCAUUCUUGUUGGGUUCCGUGAAAACUGCGAAGACUCCCAACACACCAAACGCAGGGGACCUUUUCCUUCUCUGUACAACCGCAACAAUCAAUACUGCACCCAACUAGGAUCGUAGUAGGUACGAGUACGAGUACCAUACCCGUGCGGUAGUAAGAAAUCACGAAACAAAAAUUGAGAAGAGAACGAGAGCGAGAGCGAGAGCGAGAAAAACUGCGCGUCUCGUCGUCACAUGAUCUUAUUCGACUGGACUCGACUCGAUUCGACGAUUCAAUUCGACGAUUCAAUUCAAUUCGAUUCAAAUUACAACUCUACAGCACCCAAACAAACUCCUCUCAUAACACUGCAUUCCAUCGCUACAUAGUGGAAGGACAGUAAAAACCUCGAAAGGAGGGAAAAAACAAUAGCGGCGGCAGCAGGAACAACGCAAAGGUUCUGUUUGCGCUAUCUUCUGCGAAUCACACAAGAACACACACUCUGACUGUACAAAAUCCGUAUACACACGCACGAGCGCACGGAACUACUGCAGCACACUAUGGCAGAUAGCGACGAUUACGGUACCGACAAUUACGACAUCGGCACUGCCAGCUACGGAGAGACGGUGGGUUCGUCCCGUCAAUCUUACGAAGACGAGCAAUCGCCGUCCGAAUCUGGGGGUUCCUCCAGCAGCAGCAGCAGUAACAUCGACAGCGACUCUGUAUCGCAACAAAACGCCCUGUUUGGCGGCGAGUCCUGCAGUAAUUCCUCCUUUCGAGACGCCAACACAACAAGCGAUUACCGUCAGGACGACGACGACGAAGAUGACGACGACGACGGUAGCGACGGCGAGACCUCCUCGGAAGAUGACUCCGAAUCGGAUAAUUACGUCGACGAAUACGGCAACGAAUCCGACUCUUCGGAGGCUCCACCUCCCUUCGAGGGCGUUGUCGGCUACGACCCAAGCAAGAGCGACGAAGUUUUUAGCAACGAAACCGACGUCGAGCAAGCGAGGAAGGUCCCCUUCCGCGAACGGCUUGCGGGUGAAUUUUCCGGAAACCCCCAAAAAAAGACCCUGGCCAUUGUUCUCGCCGUGGCCUGUUUGGUCCUGGUCGUCCUUGCGAUCGGCCUGGGCGCCGGGCUGGCGGUGCGAAGCAGAAGCAAAAGCAACUCCGGGAAGGAAACCGACAACAAAGACGGCAACAACAGCGAAGGCCUCGAAGACGUUGGAUCCAUACUGCUCGCCCCCCCCACCGAUGCUCCCGCCCGCAUGCCGGUCUCGCUGCCACCGAUCGAUGGGGACGCCGACAACGCCGUCCUGGUCGACGUCGAGGUGGUCCUCGCGUCCUACGCGGACACCACGGUGUACCGGGACGGAACGCUCUCCAGCAGCUCCAACGGCGACGAGGCGACGAUGCUGGUCCAGAACGGGUCCCCCGGAAACCCGGAGCUUCCCUCGGCCUACUCCCUGGUCCAGUUCCGGAACGACGCCGUCGACGGGGACGACGUCGUCGGGGGGACCGCGACCUUUUGCCUGGAACACGUCCCUACCGACGGAGCGAGCGAUCGCGUCGUGACGUAUUCGGUGUGCGUCUUGGCCGGUGGCCCCGGGGGCGGCGCAAGCGCAGAUGUGGAAAGCUUGACGGGCGACACCGCAAACUAUCGGAUGCCCGACGAUUGCCUCGAACAAAAGCUCGUCGAGUUUGGUGUCCGGCCGGCCGACACCGAGGUCUGCAUGGACGUUUCCCCCCUGGUCUUUGGAUCCGGGAAACGCAAAGCCGGCGCGCGGCACCACCAGAGGGCCCUCCGCGGAAGGGAAGGGCAUUCUGGUGGUUUGCAGCGGGCGAGGGGUCUACAGGCACCGGGCGCCGCCGCUGCCGACGACGACGACGACGACACCAUCAUCACCAUGAUGAUCGACAACCUGGUACCAUCGGACGAACCGGGAGACCGUUUCGUCACGAGCAACGGAGAUCCCGAUCAGAUGCCGAGUCUUUCCAUUACGGGCAAACAACUCGUCGAGUGUCAAUCGAUCUGUGCGUACCCGUUAACGUAGAAAGAGUGUAUCGAAUGGUUCCACGGAAUCAAAUCCCGGCUUUGUUUUUCUUUUCUCCUCUGGCCAACCCGUUCGCUUGCUCACUCUCGUCGCCUUUCGUUGCAUCCUAUUCUGUCCGGUUCAUCUUCUGGCGUUCUUUUCCUCCACACACAGACGAUACAAUUUGUCCCGAAUUUUCAAUUCUCUGCUCCUGGAUCGAGUCCCUGGGGCUCGAAGAAUCAUUGGUUUCCGGCAGUGACGUUUCGUUAUUCGCUCCCACCGAUGCGGCCAUCAGCAGGGUGUUUGGUGCCUCGGACACGCCCGACAACGAUCUCGUCAGGGAUAUUCUUCGAUACCACAUCGUCACCGGCUCCGUCAUCGAGUUGACCGACGUCGAUUGCGACAGCGGUGCGCCGGUGACAAUUCCCAACGGCCAAGGCGUAGAAAUUAGCUGUAGGGACGGCACUGUUUUUCUAGCGGGGGACGGCAACGGCGCCGAUGCACUGCCACGGAUCACGGACCCUGGCAUUCGUGCCUGCAACGGCAUCGUUCACGCCAUCGAUGGACUGAUUUUGGGAGAAGCGGAAGACAUCGACGUCGGCCCGGGUUGCCAAACAUUUGGUACGAACGCAACAGGGAAACGCAUUGUAUCCUGAGAAAGAGAGAGAGAGAGAGAAUUACUGCAUCAAGUCCUUUGUUUUUCGUUUAAUUCACAUCAUUCCAUUUGCUUUUUUUUAUUGCGUUGCGCUCUAUUCUUCUAUAUGAUCUGGGAUGCGUUUCCAUUGUGAAAAUCCAAAGACGAACUCGUGUGCUCAAAAGAAAACCUUUCGGCACUUUGCCAGUUAUCGGGGUUGAUCGAAGCGGACUCGGAAGGCGCCGAGCUGUUCAACACGCUGAACAACGGUGCGUUUACGAUAUUUGCGCCCAACAACGAGGCGGCUCUCGACCUCCAGGGGAUCGAUGUAUCCAGCACCGAAGCCAUCCUGAAUGUCCUGCGGCACCACGCGGUGCCCGAUGUGGUGUUGUCUGCAAGCGAUCUCGUGUGCGACGAGCGGUUGGCAAUGGCAAACGGUGGCUUCACAACGACCCGAUGCGAGGGCGACGCGGUCUUCCAGGCCGGGGAAGGAAACACGGGGCCGCUGCCGCAAAUCGUGGAAGCGGACCUCGCAGCCUGUACCGGUGUGGUUCACGUGGUCGACAAGAUCAUUCUUCCGGAGCAGUGCGAAUCCGUGUGUACGUGACAGCCUUAAUAUGUUUUGAUUUUUGCUUUUCCACUCUCUUGCUGCCCCCUUUGAAGUACCUUCUUCGCGAAGAAUGGUUCAUAUUGUUCUGCUUGAAAUUCACUUGUUCGCUUACGUUCCUUGUUUUUUUGGCCCUCUAUUUCUGGAUACCAAUCGUCCCCCAGACGACAUUGCAUGUUCUACCCCGGAGUUUUCUCGGUUCUGCGGCUGGAUAGAAGCCGCGGGAUUGGAAGCAGCACUGGAUGGUUCUAGCAACAACGAGUUGUUUUCUUCCCUUACAGUCUUCGCCCCUACCAAUGUUGCUAUCGAAAAUUAUGAUCUGCUGGGUUUCUCGGACUCCAUGUUCAACAACGAGACCGACGCCGGGGCCAUUCGGGACAUUCUUUUAUUCCACACGAUUGCCGGAUCCGUGAUCGAGUCAAGCGCCAUUGACUGCAGCAACUCAUCAUCCUUGUCCCUGACAACGGCCAAUGGCGGGAGCGCCGAAAUUUCGUGCGCCCUCGACGGCUUCGUGGUUACCGGAGAUGCAAACGCCAAUACCACGGCCGCAGAAGCGGUGGUGAGGAUCACCACCCCCGACGUUGCAGCAUGUAACGGAAUCCUUCACGGCAUCGACGGGGUGGUUCCUUCCCUUCCGGGAACAAUAUCGCCCCCGGGAUUAGAUGGGCCGCCACCGGAUGUACUUCCAGACGACGAGGAUUGUCAAUCUUUUGGUACGAACGAAACAAUCAUCUUUUUCAUGGGACAACCGGCUUUCGUUUGUUCCAUGCGGUGCGAUCCGAAACACUCAAAUCAUCUUUUCCUAACCAAUGAUGCCGCCGAUUGCCUCCCCGUUCUGAUUGUUUCUUCGUUUUCUUUUCUUACACAGGGGAUGCGGUAUGCUCGAGAGCCGAUCUCGAAGAUUUCUGCCGGCUGGUUGGCUUGUCAAGAAACGAUCCCGAGGGAGUGGAACUCCUGAAUGCUCUCGACACCACUGCUGCCACAGUCUUUGCUCCUGCAAACGCUUUCUUUUCUCCUCCAAACGAGGGGCUCUUCGCAUACACUAGCGAAGGAUCCUUCGAUCUUACAAACCCCGGGGAUGUCACCGAAAUCCUCAGGAACCACGUGGUCCUCGGGACCAAGCUGCUGUUGGAGGAUUUAGUCUGUGACCAGACCCUGGAAAUGUCGAACAACUCCACCACUACCACGGAAUGCGGGAUGAACCAGGCCGGCACCGAGGUCGUUAAACGUUUCCAAGUUGGCGACGGGAACAGCCCGGGAAAUCCGGAGGUGAUCGAUUACAACCUUGUCACCUGCACGGGCGUUGUACACAUAUUAAACGGGGCGAUCCUACCACUGUGAGUCGUACAUUGUAGCACCCAUCGAGUGCAACGCUGGGCAUGCACUUGCUAGCAAGAGAAUGUUUUUAUUCAUUGGUUCCAUUUUGCUCAACCCUUUUUCUUUCUUCAUUGUGCCUUCCGUUGUCUGCACCUGUGCUAAUCCGACCCGAAGCUUUUCGGAGGCAACCGCCACGCCCACGAGUUCGAUUACCGUGGAAAUGUCGGUGGGCGCUACCCCCGGUGAUACGGAUGGUGGCACGGAUGGUGCCUCCGCCGGUGCUACCCCCGGUGUCUCUGGUGAGGUUUCGUCCAAUAGCUCUGUUGAUGUUACGGGUGGUGCCUCUGCCGAUACCAGUGCCUCUGCCAAUGGUACGCCCGGUCCAUCUACUGAUGCCAGUGCCUCUUCCAAUGGCACGCCUGGUCUCCCUGCCGAUGGCACGCCCGGUGCCUCCGCCGAUGCCAGUGCCUCCUCCAACGAUACGCCCGGUGUCUCUGCCGGUGACACACCCGAUGCAUCUAGCGGUGUGCCACCCCCGUGGGCUUGAGAUCGAUUAUCGAUGUUUCACUUCCCUCUCAUCCAGUGCCAUUUGCAGUUGAAGAUCACUAGAAGUAAGGUGUUCCGUAUUUUUAAUUUUUUUGAGAUUUUCAUUCGAGUUUUAGGGGAAUCCACGAAUAACCAGGGAUUAAUCAUUAAUCAGGGAUUGACACGAUUGUUUCUUACACUAAUCAAAUCCCAUGGUAGGAACCGUACAGUGGAUUCCGUAGUAGAAGAGCGACCAAUCAUAGCAUCCCAUCGUGUGAACUGCAAGAUGCUUGAACAGGGAAAACGUGCGUUUUACGGUAAUUACGAGAAGCCUAAACAAUAGCAUCUGUUUCUAGUUGAAGAUGGCAUCGAGCCCCAAAAAGAAUGAUGAUGCACGCUUUAUACGUACUCGUGACACGAUGCACCUGUUUGAAUGGGUCCGUUCGCGCCACAUCCGACCAAACCAUACGCACUUGAUCUGUGCCACGCCGUUCAUUCAGUAGGCUUACGAACGUACGUUCAUUGAGUACGAGGAAAAAGAAUCAUUAUGACAACUAGUAUCAUUUUUAGUGCCAAAAAAGAAUACAAAACAUG